AUGGCUGCCCUCCUCUCCUGCCACUACUCUGCUGCUUCUCCAGCUUCCUCCUCCUCCAAAUUCUUCAGCGGCCACCGCACUCCCUUCUCAAUUCCCCACAACCACCUUGCAACCCGCCGUUCUUCCCCACGCUCUGUCCAAUGCCAGAUCCACAACCAACAGAAAGGGAAGUCAUUCUCCAUCAAGGAGUGCGCGAUUUCGAUAGCAUUGGCGGUGGGAUUAGUAACAGGAGUUCCUGCAUUGGAUUGGACUAGCAAUGCCUUUGCAGCGGCUAAUCCAGCGGUGCCUGAUGUGUCUGUACUGAUCUCUGGACCGCCGAUAAAGGACCCGGGGGCAUUGCUGAGAUACGCUCUGCCUAUUGAUAAUAAAGCUAUCAGGGAAGUACAGAAACCGCUUGAAGAUAUCACUGAGAGUCUCAAGGUAGCUGGGGUCAGAGCACUCGAUUCUGUUGAGAGGAAUUUGAGGCAGGCAUCUCGAGCUCUGACGCAGGGGAAGUCUUUAAUUGUAUCUGGAUUAGCUGAAUCGAAGAAGGAACACGGAGUUGAAUUGCUUACCAAGCUGGAAGCUGGAAUGAAUGAGCUUCAACAGAUUGUGGAGGAUAGAGAUAGAGAUGCAGUAGCAGCAAAACAGAAGGAGCUGCUUCAAUAUGUCGGGGGUGUUGAAGAGGAUAUGGUGGACGGAUUCCCUUACGAAGUGCCUGAAGAAUACCAGAGCAUGCCUCUGUUGAAGGGGAGAGCGACGGUGGAUAUGAAGGUCAAGGUUAAGGACAAUCCCAGCCUUACUGAUUGUGUCUUCCGUAUUGUUCUUGAUGGUUACAACGCCCCUGUGACUGCCGGGAACUUUGUAGACUUGGUGGAACGACACUUCUACGAUGGCAUGGAAAUCCAAAGAGCGGAUGGUUUUGUCGUACAAACUGGUGAUCCUGAAGGACCUGCAGAGGGUUUCAUAGAUCCAAGUACAGAGAAAACCAGGACAAUACCAUUAGAAAUCAUGGUCGAGGGAGAGAAAGUACCUUUUUAUGGAGCAACUUUGGAAGAGCUCGGGCUAUACAAGACACAAACAAAGCUUCCGUUUAAUGCGUUCGGAACAAUGGCUAUGGCGAGAGAUGAAUUUGAGGACAAUUCUGCUUCCAGCCAAGUGUUCUGGCUGCUCAAGGAAAGUGAGCUAACUCCAAGCAAUUCCAAUAUAUUGGAUGGGAGGUAUGCAGUGUUUGGAUAUGUAACAGAGAACGAAGAUUUCUUGGCAGAUUUGAAAGUUGGUGAUGUUAUUGAAUCAAUCCAAGUAGUUUCUGGCCUGGAAAAUCUUGCCAAUCCAAGCUAUAAGAUUGCUGGAUAG